UUUUCCAGAGUCACCUCUCGUUAUGGCUUCUUCUUCUUCUUGCUCUUCUCGCAAUUGGUCAUUUGACGUUUUCCCGAGCUUCAGUGGAGAAGAUGUCCGCAACACAUUCCUCAGCCACUUAUUAAAGGAACUGGAUAGGAAACUGAUUAUUGCUUUCAAAGACAAUGAGAUCGAGAGAAGCCAGUCACUCGAUCCUGAGCUUAAACAUGCUAUUAAAAAUUCCAGAAUUGCAGUGGUGGUUUUCUCCAAAAACUACGCCUCUUCAAGCUGGUGCCUUAAUGAGCUGCUGGAGAUCGUGAAUUGCAAGAAAGUGGUUGACCAGCUUGUGAUACCCAUUUUCUAUCAUUUGGAUCCUUCCCAUGUUAGAAAACAGACUGGAGACUUUGGGAAGAUCUUUGAAAAGACAUGCCGAUAUAAAACAGAGGUCGAGAAAAUCCAAUGGAGGGGAGCUUUGACCGAUGUAGCUAAUAUCCUUGGAUAUCAUACUGUGACCUGGGAUAGCGAAGCAAGCAUGAUCGAAGCAAUCGCCAAUAAUGUUUUGGAUAAACUAAAUCGAUCUCCAUCACAUGAUUCUGAGGAGUUUGUCGGAAUUGAAGAUCAUAUCACAAAGAUGAUUUCAUUGCUGCACUUGAAAUCCAAGGAAGUGAGGAUGGUUGGGAUAUGGGGUUCCUCCGGAAUUGGCAAGACUGCCAUCGCAAGAGAUCUAUUUCGUCGCCUCUCUCGUCAGUUUCAAAGUAGUGUUUUCAUAGACAGGGUUUUCAUAUCUAAGAGUAUGGAAGUUUACAGUGGAGCUAAUCUUGUUGACUAUAACGUGAAGUUGCACUUGCAAAGGGCCUUUCUAGUUGAAAUCUUAGACAAAAAAGACAUAAAGAUAGAUCAUAUAGGUGCAAUGGAAAUGAUGGUAAAGCAUCGGAAAGCUCUCAUUGUUAUUGAUGAUUUAGAUGAUCAAGAUGUGCUAGAUGCUUUAGCAGGUCAAGCUCAAUGGUUUGGAAGUGGGAGUAGAAUCAUUGUGGUUACAAAAAAUAAGCAUUUUCUAAGGGCCAAUAGGAUUGAUCACAUUUACAAGGUCUGUCUCCCAUCUAAUUCCCUCGCUCUGGAGAUGUUUUGUCAUUUUGCUUUUAGGAAGAGGUCUCCACCUGAUGGCUUUAUGGAGCUUUCUUCUAAAGUUGUAUUGUGUGCUGGUAAUCUUCCUUUGGGUCUGAACGUAUUGGGUUCAAAUUUACGGGGCAAAGACAAAGGGUACUGGAUAGAUAUGAUGCCAAGGCUUCGAGGUUUGGAUAGAAAAAUUGGGAAAGCACUAAGAGUCAGCUAUGAUGGAUUAAAUAACAGAAAAGAUGAAGCAAUAUUUCGUCACAUUGCAUGUAUUUUCAAUGGUGAGAAAGUCAGUGACAUCAAAGUGUUACUAGCAACUAGUAAUUUGGAUGUUAAUAUCGGGCUCGAAAACCUCGUUGAUAGAUCCCUCAUCUGUGAAAGAUUCAAUAUUGUGGAGAUGCACUCUUCAUUACAAGAAAUGGGAAAAGAGAUUGUCCGUACUCAGUCCAAUGAGCCUGGAGAACGAGAAUUCCUUGUGGAUUGGAAGGAUAUUUCCGAUGUACUUGAAGAUAACACUGGUACAAAGAAGGUUUUAGGUAUAGCAUUGGAAAUAGAUGAGACUGAUGAACUGCAUGUACAUGAGAGUUCCUUCAAAGGAAUGCACAAUCUCCUCUUUCUAAAAAUUUAUUCUAAGAAGUUGGACCAGAAGAAAGAAGUUAGAUGGCAAUUACCAGAAUGCUUCGACUAUUUGCCCCCUAAACUUAGAUUAUUGAGGUUGGACAGAUACCCAUUGAAAUAUCUUCCUUCUAACUUUCAACCUGGAAACCUGGUUAAGCUUCAAAUGCAGCAGAGCAAACUCGAGAAGCUGUGGGAAGGAGUUCAUUCACUUGCAGGGCUCAGGAAUAUGGAUUUGCGGGGAUCCAAAAACCUGAAAGAAAUCCCAGAUCUUUCCAUGGCCACUAAUCUUGAGACACUUAAACUCAGCAGUUGCUCGAGUUUGGUGGAACUUCCCGCCUCUAUACAGUACCUGAAUAAGCUGAAUGAUUUGGACAUUUCAUAUUGCGAUCAUUUGGAGUCUCUUCCCACUGGAUUCAACCUCAAAUCUCUCUAUCGUCUCAAUCUCAGUGGAUGCUCACGGUUGAAAAGUUUUCUUGAUAUAUCAACCAACAUCUCAUGGUUAGAUGAUAUAGGUCAAACAUCGAGUAAGGAAAUUCCCUCUAACUUGCAUGUAGAGAACCUCGAUGAGCUUAUAUUGUGGGAAAGAGUGCAGCAGCGUACACCUCUCAUGACCAUACUUUCUCCCACUUUGACGAGGUUGACUUUUUCGAACAACCCAAGUUUGGUGGAGGUUCCUUCUUCAAUCCAGAAUCUCAAUCAACUUGAGCAUUUGGAAAUUAUGAACUGCAGAAAUCUGGUGACUCUUCCUACUGGAAUAAACCUCGAAUCUCUCAUUACAAUUGAUCUCUCUCAUUGUUCUCAGUUGCGGACUUUUCCUGAUAUCUCGACCAGCAUCUCAGAUCUCAAUCUAAGCUACACAGCGAUUGAAGAGGUUCCGUCGUGGAUUGAGAAAUUUUCUCUCCUCUGUACCCUAGAUAUGAAUGGAUGCAGAAAUUUACUAUGUGUAUCUCCAAACAUUUCUAAACUGAAACUUCUUGAGAGAGCUGACUUUUCAGACUGUGGGGCAUUGAUUGAAGCUAGUUGGAAUGGUAGUUCAAGUGACAUGGCCAAGUCUCUUCCACCUGAUUAUUUCUCAUUGGUCAAGCUCAACUUCAUCAACUGCUUCAACUUAGAUCUAAAGGCUCUUAUUCAAAACCAAACAUUUUUCAUGCAACUGAUACUAUCAGGUGAAGAAGUGCCUUCAUAUUUCACUCACCGUACUACUGGGACCUCUAUCUCUCUGCCACACACCUCUCCCUCCCAAUCAUUCUUCAGCUUUAGGGGUUGCAUCGUGAUUGAUGUGGAAUCUUUUUCCAAAAUCUCUGUUUCAUUCGACAUCGAAGUAUGUUGUCGGUUCAAAGACAGACUGGGGAACGACUUUGAUUCUACUGAUUUUCCAGGAUACUUCAUAACAACGAAGUUGGGUGCUCAUCUGGUUAUCUUUGACUGUUAUUUUCCCUUAAACAAAGAUAAUACCUUUCUGGCCAAUCAGUUUAGGUACGAUCAUGUGGAUAUACAGUUUCGUCUCAUGAGUGACAACUCUCAGCUCAAAUUAAAAGAAUGUGGUGUUCUACUUUCCAAAGACGGUCCAUCCCUGGAUAGCCGACCUCUGGAUUACCAACCUUGUAAUCCAAAUAUUCCCCCAGGUGUUUGUGGAGAUAGCAUUGUAGAAAGAAAGAGCCACUCGACUACAAUGCGGAUGAUGAGGAUGAGAAGACUACUGAAGAAACUACUGUUUGAUCCUUUCUCUAUGGCUCAUUCAUCUUCUUCUCGCAAUUGGUUAUACGAUGUUUUCCCAAGUUUCAGUGGUGAAGACGUCCGUGUAAGUUUCCUAAGCCACUUUCUCAAGGAGCUAGAUCGGAAACUGAUCAUUGCUUUUAAAGAUAGUGAGAUUGGAAGAAGCCGACCGCUCGAUCCAGAACUUAAACAUGGGAUUCGGGAGUCCAGAAUCGCCGUGGUCGUGUUCUCUAAAAACUACGCUUCUUCGAGUUGGUGUCUCAAUGAGUUGUUGGAGAUCUUGAAAUGCAAGAAAGAGUUUGGUCAACUUGUGAUUCCCAUUUUCUACGGUUUGGAUCCUUCACAUGUGAGGAAACAAAUCGGAGACUUUGGAAAGAUCUUUCAAGAGACUUGCAAGAACAAAACAGAGGAACUGAAAAAUCAGUGGCAGAAAGCUUUAACCGAUGUUGCUAAUAUCCUCGGAUAUCAUUCUGUGACUUGGGGUAACGAAGCAAAAAUGGUUGAAGAGAUCGCCAAUGAUGUUUUGGGUAAACUGCUUUCAACUACAACGAAGGAUUCUGAGGUUUUUGUUGGCAUUGAGGACCAUAUAGCUGAAAUGAGUAUGUUGUUGCAAUUGGAAGCAGAGGAAGUGAGAAUGGUUGGUAUAUGGGGUUCUUCAGGGAUUGGUAAAACUACCAUUGCAAGGACUUUGUUUAGCCGACUUUCUCGACACUUCCAAGGUAGUGUUUUUAUAGAUAAAGCUUUCAUACGUAAGAGCAUGAAAAUUUAUCCUAGAGCCAAUUCAGACGACUACAACAUGAAGUUGCAUAUGCAAGGAAAAUUUCUGUCUCAGAUUCUAGACAAGAAGGAUGUAAAAGUAGAUCAUUUAGGUGCAGUGGGAGAGAGGCUAAAACAACAAAAAGUUCUUGUCAUUAUUGAUGAUUUAGAUGAUCAACUUGUGUUAGAUGCCUUGGUGGGUCAAACUCAUUGGUUUGGGCGUGGGAGCAGAAUUAUUGUGGUUACCACAGAUAAGCAUUUUUUAAGAGCACAUGGGAUUAACCAUAUCUACGAGGUCCAUCUCCCAUCUAGACAGCUUGCUCUUGAAAUGUUUUGUCGAUCUGCUUUCAAGCAAAACUAUCCACCUGAUGGGUUUAUGGAGCUUGCUUCUGAAGUUGCAUCGCUUGCCGGUAAUCUUCCUUUGGGUCUUAAUGUUUUGAGCUCAUAUUUGCGGGGUAGGGAGGAAGAGGAUUGGAUGGAUAUGAUGCCAAGGCUUCGGAAGAGUUUGGACGGAAAAAUUGAAAAAACACUAAGAGUAAGCUAUGAUGGGCUAAACAACAAAAAAGAUAAAGCAAUAUUUCGUCACAUUGCAUGUCUCUUUAGUGGUGAGGAAGUCAAUGAUAUCAAGUUACUACUAGCUGAUAGUGAGUUGGAUGUUAAUAUCGGGCUGAAAAACUUGGUCGAUAAGUCUCUUGUAAAAGUAAGUGAUGGAACUGUUGAUGUGCACGGUUUGCUACAAAAAAUGUGUAAAGAGAUUGUUUGCACACAGUCCAGUGAGCCUGGAGAACGUGAAUUCUUGGUGGAUUCGAAAGAUGUUUGCAAUGUACUUGAAAAUAACACUGGUACUAAAAACGUUCUUGGCAUAUCAUUAAAUAUGGAUGAGACUGACGAACUGCAUAUACGUGGGGAUGCCUUCAAAGGAAUGAGUAACCUCCUUUUUCUAAACUUUUUCUCUAGUCGGGAGAAAGAAGUACCAUUGCACUUAUCAGAAGGUUUUGGCCAGUUUUCCCCUAAGCUCAGAUUACUAUAUUGGGACGAAUACCCUUUGAAAUUCAUGCCAUCUAAAUUCCAGCCUCAAAACCUUGUUAAGCUCCAAAUGUGGAAGAGCAAGCUCGAAAAGCUGUGGGAUGGAGUUCAUCCACUUAUAGGGCUUAAGGAAAUGGAUAUGUACGCCUCCCAUAACCUGAAGGAAAUCCCUGAUCUUUCUAUGGCCAUUAACCUCGAGAAACUUGAUCUUAGCCAUUGCUCAAGUUUAGUGGAACUUCCUUGCUCUAUUCAGUAUCUCCAAAGAUUAAGGGAUUUGCAGUUGGCUUACUGCAAGAAUCUAGAGACUUUACCCACCGGAGUUAACCUCGAAUCUCUCUAUAAACUUAACCUCAAAGGCUGCACACUGUUGAGGAAGUUUCCUGACAUCUCAACCAACAUGUCAAAACUCUAUAUUGACAAAACAGGAAUAGAAGAAAUCCCCUGUAAUGUGCAUCUAGAGAAUCUCUAUGAUCUAAAGAUGCGGGGAAUGAGUGACAAACUGUGGGACAAAGUUCAGCCACUCACACAGCUCAUGACCAUGCUGUCUCCCUUUUUGGAGAGAUUAGUCCUUUCGGAUAUCCCAAGUUUGGUGGAGCUUCCUUCUUCCUUUAAGAACCUCAAUCAACUAGAAGAUUUACGCAUUACAGACUGCAAAAAUCUAGAGAUUAUUCCCAUGGAACUCAAGCUUGAAUGCCUUACAUCUCUUGAUUUUAAAGGAUGCUCAAAGUUGAAGACAUUUCCUGAUAUCUCAACCAACAUCUCAUGGCUUGAUCUAAGUAGAACAGCGAUCCAUGAGGUACCUUGGUGGAUCGAGAAAUACUCUAGUCUCGAGCAUCUGUUGUUGAAUGGAUGCAACAACUUACAAAGUGUUUCCAUAGAACUAUCUAAACUCGAACAUAUUAAGGAGGUUGAGUUUUCAGACUGUUGGGCAUUGACUGAAGCUACCUUGAAUGAUAUUCCAAACGCGUUGCCAUUGGCAAUGCGCAAAGCCUCUUUCAAAUUUAACAACUGCUUCAACUUAGAUCAAGAAGCUUUACUUCAGCAAGAAUCAGUUUUCUACAAGUCCAUACAAUUGCCAGGUGAAGAAGUGCCUUCAUACUUCACUCACUGCUGUACUACUGGGACCUCUCUCACCAAUAUCCCUCUGCUUGAGAGAGCUCCCUCUCAACAAGUCUUUAUAUUCAGGGUUUGCGCAGUGGUUUCCAACUCUGCGCCAAGAUUUGGUUCCAAUGGAGUAGAUAUCCAAGUAAACUGUCGGUUCAAAGGCCGAUUUGAAAACAGCUUUGAUUCAGUUGGUGAGCCACAACGGUUUUGGGUACCUAUGAAGGAUAGCCAUCUGCUUAUAUUCGGAUGUUGUAUCCCUCUAAACAAAGAUACAAGUGCUCCUCUAGCUCAACUGAACUACGAGCAUGUGGAUAUACAGAUCCAUUUAGGUAAUACACGUAUAUAUUUAGAGGGACCAAAAGCCCCUAUCUCUAACUUCAUGUUAAAAGGAUGGGGUAUACGACUCUUAGAGGACUGUUCAUCACCAGAGAAUCCAAACAAUCUUCCACAAUAUGUUUGUGAAGCCGAAGAGCACAAUAUGGGGUAUGAGACUGAACGCAGUGAAGAGUCUGUAGACAGCAAUGUCGAGACAGAGAGAAGCAAGAAGCGAAUGCGGAUUGUGUGACAGGACCACUUGUGAAACCUCUUUUGUAGUUACCCUGCCUCCAAAGUCUGGAUAUUGAAUAUAUACAAGACAUUACUUUGAAAUUUGAAUAUUGAAAUGAAUAGCUAUUUCCAGUUACAAUGGAACAGAAGCAGACAAGGAGGACAUGUAGAGAGUUUAAAGGCCGUGAGUUUGGAGACAGCAAUGUAGAGAGAGACACAUGGAGAAGGCAAGAAAUUAACAAAACAGGGGCAAGAAUGAGUCUUUUAAGCUAGAAUGAGUUAUGAUUUGUAUUAUCUCUGCCUGUGUUAGGUUCAAUUUAACAGAAAAUUUUAUAAAAUCAGAUUGGUGUAUAUGCUAUACAAUACUUGUAACGUAAGACAAAAGUCAUAAGAAACAGAGUAAUGAAACAAGGGUAGCUUCUUGCA